AUGACUGAGCCAAGCCUUCAAUUGAAAUUAAGGCAUAUUUAUAACUUAACUAGUUUAUAUGUAUGUGGAUUUUGUCUUUCAUUUUCAGCAUAUUGUUUUUGGCUUAUUAUCCCAAUACUAAUGAGAGAUAUUGGUGCAUCUCCAUUUCAGAUUGGACUUGUAGGUGCUGUUGCUUUUGGUGCACAAGGACUUUUUGCCCCAAUUUGUGGAAGGUUAUCUGAUAAAAUUCCUGCAGAAACUUUAGCUAUUCUUGGUUGUUUAUUACAUUGUUUAACAUGUCUUAUUAUUGGAUUAAUGUUUAUUCAUGCAACUUCUGUUCUUCCAUUGUAUUUCAUUUUGAUUAUUCAAUCAGCAGGAUUUGCAUUGUUUUGGUCUCCAACAGAAUCAAUGGUUGGAAAUGAAGCAUUUCCAGGACAUGAAAGUAAGAACAUUGGUCACUUUUUUAUGUUUUGUUCAGGAGGUAAAGCUAUAGGAUUUUUUAGUGCAGGAUCAUUGAAAGCGUUAAUAGGAACAACUGGAACGUUGUAUGUUUCAUGUCUUAUUGGAUUUAUUCCAUUUUUUGUAAUGACUCGUUUUCCAUUAGUUAAUAAUAUUAAAACAAAAGAAAAUUUAAAGGAUAUAGAAAUUGAAUUAGAUACUUCAACUUCUUUAAUAACACAACAAGAAAUAGAAAAUCAGUCAACAAAUAUUAUUCAAGAAGAACCUAACUCUAAUAAAGAAGAAACCAUUUCAGAAAUUUCAAAUAAACAAAUGAAUGAAGGAGCUAUUAUUAAUGAUUCAAAUAAGAUAUUAGAUGAAGAAAAAGGAGAAGGUAUAAAUAUAAAAGAUAUUAAAACUAUUCAAUUUUUAUCAAAAAGACCAACACAUUAUUUUUUAUAUUAUAUUAAUGAUAUUAUUUUUCAUUUAAUAAUUUAUGGAACAGUUGGUAUUAUUCAAAAUCAAUACGUUAAUUUAGCAUCUGAUAAACAAACACAUCUUCCAGGAUUUUCAGAUAAUUCAGAUGUUUAUGUUGGAAUUUUAUUAUUUGUAAUUAAUAUUGCACAACUAGUUGCUUUCUUUAUUUUAGGAUUAUUUAAAGCAUGGCAAUUUAAAAUAACAUUAAACAUUAUUAGUUUAUUAAUUUCUAUGAUAUGUUUAACAGGAUUUUUAUUUAUUAAUAAUGGAUAUAUUCUUUGUAUUCUUGGUACUAUUUUUGGGUUAAUCGCUGGAUUUGAUAUGGAAGAAAAUAUGUUUUAUUCUCUUAAUGCUUCUGAAAAAGAAAAAGGUAAGUAUAUGGGAAUUAGUGAAUGUUCAAGUUGUUUGAGUUAUAGUUUAUCACCAUUGAUUGCUGGUGUUAUUUCAACACUAUUAACAACAGAAUGGUGUAUUUAUUCAUCAAUGAUUUUUGGGUUAAUUGGACUUAUUGGGUGUGGUACUACACAAGCUUAUGUUAAAUGGAUUGAAUAUAAAGAAAAGAAAAUGAUUGAAAAAGAAACAGGAAUGACUAAUCAACAAUUGAAAAAAGAAUUUAAAUUAUUAAAUUGA